CGCCUCCGCCUCCGGUGCACAUUAAAGAUCCAAAGUCAUGACUGACUCCAAGUAUUUCACAACCAAUAAAAAAGCAGAAAUAUUUGAACUAAAAGCUGAACUCAACAAUGAAAAGAAAUAAAAGAGAAAGGAGGCUGUGAAGAAAGUGACUGCUGUUAUGACCAUGGGGAAGGAUGCUAGUUCUGUCUUUCCAGACAUAGUGAACUGUAUGCAGACUGACAAUCUGAAACUAAAGAAGCUUGUGUGUCUCUACUUGAUGAACUAUGCCAAGAGUCAGCCAGACAUGGCCAUCAUAGAUGUAAAUAGCUUUGUGAAGGACUGUGAAGAUCCUAAUCCUUUGAUUCGAGCCUUGGCAGUCAGAACCAUGGGGUGCAUCUGGGUAGACAAAAUUACAGAAUAUCUCUGUGAGCCCCUCCUCAAGUGCUUGGAGGAUGAGGAUGCCUAUGUUCGGAAAACAGCAGCAGUAUGCGUGGCAAAACUCCAUGAUAUCAACGCCCAAAUGGUGGAAGAUCAGGGAUUUUUGGAUUCUCUACGGGGUCUCAUAGCAGAUUCAAAUCCAGUGGUGGUGGCUAAUGCUGUAGCAGCAUUAUCUAAAAUCAGUGAGUCUCACCCAAACAGCGACUUACUCAAUCUGAACACACAGAACAUUAAUAAGCUGCGGACAGCCCUGAAGAAGUGCACUGGGGGCCAGAUUUUCAUCCUGGACUGCCUGUCUAAUUAUAACCCUAAAGAUGAUCAGAAGGCUCAGAGCAUCUGUGAGCGGGUAACUCCCCAGCUAUCCCAUGCCAACUCAGCAGUGGUGCUUUCAGCGGUAAAAGUCCUAAUGAAGUUUCUAGAAUUGUUACCUAAGGAUUCUGACUACUACAAUAUGCUGCUGAAGAAUUUAGCCCCUCCACUUGUCACUUUGAUGUCUGGGGAGUCAGAAGUGCAGUGUGUCUCCCUGAGGAACAUCAACUUAAUUGUCCAGAAAAGCCCUGAAAUCUUGAAGCAGGAAAUCAAAGUCUUCUUUGUGAAGUACAAUGAUCCCAUCUAUGUUAAACUAGAGAAGUUGGACAUCAGGAUUCAUUUGGCAUCACAAGCCAACAUUGCUCAGGUUCUGGCAGAACUGAAGGAAUAUGCCACAGAGGUGAAUGUUGACUUUGUUCGAAAAGCAGUGUGGGCCAUUGGACGGUGUGCCAUCAAGGUGGAGCAAUCUGCAGAGCACUGUGUAAGCACAUUGCUUGAUCUAAUCAAGACCAAAGUGAAUUAUGUGGUCAAAGAAGUGAUUGUUGUCAUCAGGGACAUCUCCCGCAAAUACUCCAACAAGUAUGAAAGUAACAUUGCCACUCUAUGUGAGAACUUAGACUCGCUGGAUGAGCCAGAUGCUUGAGUGGCUAUGAUUUGGAUUGUGGGAGAAUAUGCUGAAAGAAUUGACAAUGCAGAUGAGUUACUAGAAAGCUUCCUGGAGGGUUUUCAGGAUGAAAGCACCCAGGUGCAACUCACUCUGCUUACUGCCAUAAUGAAGCUGUUUCUCAAGAAACCACCAGAAACACAGGAGCUAGUCCAUCAGAUGUUGACUUUGGCAACACAGGAUUCUGAUAAUCCUGACCUUCGAGAAUAGGGCUAUACUUAUUGGGCUCUUCUCUCAACUGACCCUGUCACGGCUAAAGAAGUAGUCUUGUCUGAGAAGCCACUGAUCUCUCAGGAGACGGAACUUAUUGAGCCAACUGCGUUGGAGGAACUAAUCUGCCACAUUGGUUCUUUGGCCUCUGUGUAUCAUAAGUCUUCCAAUGCUUUUGUGGAAGGAAGUCAUGGAAUCCAUCAUAAACACUUGCCAAUUUAUCAUGGGAGCACUAAUGCAGGUGACAGCCCUGUUGGCACCACCACCACAAUGAACCUGGAACAGCCUCAGGUUAUCCCCUCUCAAGGUGAUCUUCUGGGGAGUCUUUUAAACCUUGACCUCAGUUUCCCAGUCAAUGUGCCACAGGUGUCCUCCAUGCAGAUAGGAGCAGUGGAUCUCUUAGGAGGAGGACUAGAUAGUCUGGUGGGACAAUCCUUCAUCCCAUCAUCAGUGCCUGCAACCUUUGCCCCUUCACCUACACCUGCUGUGGUCAGAAGUGGACUGAAUGACCUGUUAGAAUUCUCCACAGGGGUAGGCAUGGCACCCAGUGGGUAUGUGGCUCCUAAGGCUGUCUGGCUACCUGCAGUAAAGGCUAAAGGCUUGGAGAUUUCAGGAACAUUUACUCACUGUCAAGGGCACAUCUAUAUGGAAAUGAACUUCACCAAUAAAGCUCUGCAGCAUAGGAUGGAUUUUGGAAUCCAGUUUAAUGGUGUCAUCCCCAGCACUCUGGCCAUCCAUACACCACUGAUGCCAAACCAGAGCAUUGAUGUCUCCCUGCCUGUCAACACCUUGGGCUCAGUCAUGAAGAUGGAACCUCUGAAUAGCCUGCAGGUGGCUGUGAAAAACAAUAUCGAUGUCUUCUACUUCAGCUGCCUCAGCCCUCUCAAUGUGCUUUUUGUAGAAGAUGGCGAAAUGGAGCACCAGGUCUUCCUUGCAACAUGGAAGACUAUUCCCAAUGAAAAUGAACUUCAGUUUAAGAUUAAGGAAUGUCAUUUAAAUGCUGACACUGUCUCCAGCGAGUUGCAAAACAGUAAUGUUUAUACCAUUGCCAAGAGGAAUGUGGAAGGGCAGGACAUUCUGUACCAAUUCCUGAAGCUAACUAAUGGCAUUUGGAUUUUGGCCGAGCUACGUAUGCAGCCAGGAAACCCCAAUUAUACACUGUCACGGAAGUGUAGAGCUCCUGAAGUCUCUCAAUACAUCUAUCAGGUCUACAACAGCAUUUUGAAAAACUAACAAGACUGGUCCAGUACCCUCCAAUCAUGCUGUGAU